AUGCAGAAAGACCAAUGCCUUUCUCCCUCAGUUCAUGGUCUCUGUGUUCAGGCUCGCUUUCCUUUCUCCGUGCCCAGCCAGCCACAGCGCCCACUCCCUCAGGAAGUCAUGGGUGGAAAUGUAGAUGUUAUUUGUCAAGAAACCACACUGACUAACUGGGGGGCGGGGGACAAAACUGGAACCAGGUGGAGCCACUCGGGGCAGCUGUCAUGCAGACCUGCUUCCCACAUGCUCAGUAACUUCUUUGAUGCUAAUUCAAACAGAGCCUGCAGGAGGGGGGAUGAAGUGGCAUUCAGUGAUCCUGUUCUGUAG